CACACAAAUGUACGCCCACACACACACCCACAGGUAUUUAUGUGUGAUGUCGUUAGUGGUGCAGCAGCUUACUGCAGCCUAUGAGCAGGUGUGAGAUGCAGUGAUCCACUCCACCUGAUGGAGAUUGUCUGGAGGAUAACAGCCUGGCCCCGAAACAUACUUCUUACUGUCAGAAGAGUCUGAGCUGCAAACAAACGCUGUGUGGUUUUUACUGUCAGCAGAGGAACGUCAUCUGUCCCCUUCACAAAGAGCCGCUCAACAGGAUCAAAAUAAUGUCUGGCCUGCACAAACUCCCCCUCACAGUGGCCCUCUGCCUGCUGCUCCUCGCCACACUGUUACCCAGCUCUGAGGCACGGCGUGGUGGUCGUGGUGGCUUUGGAGGUGGAGGUUUUGGCCGAAGUGGAGGCUACAGCCGAGGCUGGGGUGGUGGUGGGGCGGGCUACAGACCCGUCCAGAGCAGUGGACCCAGUGCAGGGAAAGUAGCCGGGGCAGCUGCAGCGGGCGCUGUAGGAGGAGCAAUGCUGGGAUCUGCCCUGAGCCGCCCUGGGUAUGGGUAUGGAGGAUAUGGAGGAUAUGGUGGAGGAUUUGGAGGAGGGUAUGGAGGAGGGUAUGGAGGAUAUGGAGGGGGGUAUGGCUACCCACGAUUCGGAGGUGUUGGUGGCUACGGCUCCAGGCCUGGCUACGAGCCAGAGGGCUCUGGAGAUAUGGAGUACUACACCGCAGCAUCCAGCGGCCCCAUCUACAACAGUAUAAUCGUUGUGAUCGGCUCCCUGAUUUCCCUGCUGAUGGGCCAUUGGGUGGCAGUCAUGUAGAGCUGGAGACAGAGCUGCCACCCCUAAACACACACAGGUCCAAACAAACCCUGAAUUAAAGCAACACACAGAAAACAGACUUAAAGUCUAAUGCGAUCCUUCAGUAAUGAGAAGCUGUGGCCAGUUUAUUUUCUCAACACUUCAGUGACCAUCCAUCAGGACAGGAGGAGGAAUUUGAUCUCUACAUCAUGUCAGUGUGACUCCACCAUGCUUCAGUCUGCAGGUGUACUGAUGAACAAACCAUUUCCUGUCGAAAUACAUCAGAAAUGGUUUGACCCCAAUGUGUCCCACACUCCCAUUUCUCCUUUUAAAGUCUUUUUUUAUAUACUUUGAUGAUUAUUUUUGAUCGAUAUGUUUUCUCCAGAAGGAAUCUUUGACAACACGCCAGGAAUAAAUUAGAUGUAGGUUAAGUCUACCUCAAAAGUCAUGUGAGGACCAGAGUUUAAGAGCAGCUACUUCAUAUGAUAAUGCCAUUUCUCAGUAUAUUUAGCUAUAAGUUCAUAUUUUAGACAGUUUUUUUCAUUCUGUUUCAUAUUCUGUCUGCUCUGCAAAAUAAAAAGUCUAUUAAAGUGUUACUUUUGCCAGUACAAUGCUUGCAUAUGUAAACUUAACCUGAUUAAAGCUCAUGUUUUAUGCCAAUUUGUAGAUUUUUAUGUUAUAAAAAAGUGAAACAUGCUUCCAUGUUUAAUAUUGUUAUAUAAAU